CCAUGAUAUCAUCCCAUAUAGAUUUUCCCCGGUGGACAAUGAUAACAAAUCUAUAGGCCUAGUCGGCCUACCAUUUAUAUCGACGGUCGUGUUUAAGUACUGCAGUGUUGGUACGUCUGGCCUACAUUCGCUAAUGUGGAGAGCUGCACAUAUAAAAUACAAAUCAUGAAGUACCUUAGCACCAGAGGAUCCCGGCAGGGAAUGUCCUUCGAAGACGCUUUGAUGUCACCCGGCUUUCUCCCUGACGGUGGACUAAUCUUACCAGAGACCAUACCUAACAUUUCAUUAGAAACUCUCACACAAUGGUCAAAGCUAUCCUAUCCAGAACUGGCGAAGGAAAUUGUUAGUCUUUAUGUAUCAGAGGAUGAGAUUCCAAGGGUCGAACUAAAUGCUCUUCUUGACAACGCCUUCAAACGAAUCCGUCACGAAGACGUGUGUCCAGUAGCAAAACUUAAGGAUGGCUUAAAUGUUCACGAACUCUUCCAUGGAAUCACCUAUGCCUUUAAAGACCUGGCUCUCUCGUGCGUUGGCCAGUUUAUGGAGUAUUUCCUUAAUAAGAGAAGGAGACACAUCACAGUCUUAGUUGGUACUUCUGGAGAUACGGGCAGCGCCGCCCUAGAGGCAGUCAGAGGGCUGAAGUGGAUCGAUACUAUCGUACUUCUACCCAAGGGGCGAUGUUCGCGGAUACAGGAGUUGAUGAUGACUACUGUCAUUGAAGAGAACUGCCACAUAUACAGAGUUGAUGGCACCUCUGACGACUUAGAUGAGCCCAUCAAGGCUUGCUUUCUAGAUGAAGCCUUCUCGAAGAAGCAUAAUCUCUGUUCUGUCAACUCCAUCAACUGGGCCCGUAUCAUGGUCCAGAUUGCUCACUUUGUAUACGGAUACUUCAAGGUUUGUCGAUCUGUUGGAGAAACAGUGGAGAUAGUUGUUCCUACCGGUGCAUGUGGGAAUGUGACUGGUGGCACCAUAGCGUGGAAGAUGGGGGUGCCCGUCAAGCUCACCACUGCUGUUAAUUCUAAUGAUAUAGUAGCACGGACAUUACGAGACGGAGAUUGGUCCGUUCCUGAUGAGGUGGAGAUGACGAUAUCACCUGCCAUGGAUAUACAGAAUCCCUACAAUAUGCAGAGGCUGUUCUAUCUGUUAAGUGAUGGUGACACUGAUUUCGUCAACCAGCUCAUGGACGAGUUUGAAAAGUCGAAGUCAAAGAUGCAACUGCCGAAGAACCUGAUGAACAAGGUACAUGAUCUGUUCAAUGCCUUCUGUGCUGACGAUCAGACAACAAGAGCGACCAUGAAGCGAUGCUGGGAGGAGAAUGGGUAUCUUCUGUGUCCGCACACUGCAACUGCAGUCGCUUACCAUUAUGAAAGCCUGGCUUCCAGGUCUGCCUCUGACCCACCCCGGAUCUGCAUCGCCACUGCCUCCCCAGCCAAAUUCGCAGAGACACUAGAAGGUGCAGGGUUAACACCUCAACUACCAGAUGACGUGAAGGCCUUGUACACCAUGCCUACUAAGUCUGAGGAGAUGAAAAAAGAAGACAAUUGGUACAAAAUGCUCAAAGAGAAAAUCGAGGAAAUAACUGAGAAACAUUCGUGAAUCAACAUACUUGGAAAUAUGUUUGACACAACGUGAAUCAAUAUUGUCAAUUACUGGUCCUGUUUACAUCAUGCACUACUAUAUACAUGUAUAUGCAUAUUUCUGAUUCUGAAGCUUGUCAAUAUAUCUCACAAACCCAUAAAAGGUGCUAUUCUAUGGUCGUUAUAGCGGGGUGAUGGCGACCACCCCAACCAGGGUUCCACUUUGUACAAAAAAUAGUGUGUAAUUGUUAAGUCACCGGAUAAGAGUGGCAUUUUUCAUGAACUUAACGCACACAGUAUUGCAUUCUGUGGUGUAGCGUUGUGUUAUGUGUCAGAACACUGCUUUAUUCAUUAUUUCAAAUCGUUUGGCAUUUCAAUCUCUGAACAUUUUUCGGGCAUACUAGUAUUUAUAGGCCUACCUAAAGUUUGUUGCCUCCGAGUGCAAUGUUCAUGUUCUUUCAUCAAACCAUACGUGUAACCGCCAAAUUAAGAAGGUUGGCUUGUUUGUCUACAUAACGGUCUGCCCUCACUGCUGGAGUUCGAAUAUGACCGAAAAGAUCAUUAUUUCUCCAUUCAAAGUACUGACCAGGCGAUUAUCCUUUAAAACUCUGGUCGAGACGACCUGACGAUCAAAUCUGAAAUUAGCAGUUGAUAUUUCUCGGCCCGUACAUCAAGCAACUAAUUCUCUUGGCUCAUGCAUGUUGUCGAAGUUUAGUAACUGGAUACACUGAUAUGGUAAGCGAGAUGGUAAGCAUAACUGUAUAAUGGUUUGAAUUGAUGCAUUCACGUCAUUUAAGUCAUUGUAAUGAUUUUUGUAGGUGCUAAUGAACUGACCAGUUUAAAUACAC